AACGUUUUUGGACGCCGGCCCUCUGCCUUGAGCAAUCAGUGUCAUUGUUACAGUGAGACUGGCGUUGCUUUGCUUCGGGAAUCAACGAGUAGGAGGGUCUUAGAUGUCUUCAAGCACGAAGGAGGACAAGAGUAUGAAGACACACGCAAAGAGCGGGUUGCGACUACCUUUCGCUGCGAUUGUCGCUUUGGCUGGGGUCGUAAUAAUAUUGAUAGCAGGGAUGAUCUUGGUGCCGGAAGAAAUCACGAACUUGACAGGCACUGUUUCAGGUGACGUCAAUAGCGAUGAUAACAAAGUAUGGGAUUCCAACCCCCUGAUUGAGCACGCAUCCACGCAUGUAGAAGUGGCUAAAGGAAGGCACAAGCGUUCGUCCACAGCUUUGAAAAAAAAAGUACAGCAAUGUAAGCCUGGCGGUCGAUGCGAGGAAAAUAGAAUUUCUCUCUGCAAGAGAUCAGCGAAUGACUUGGUGAUGUUCCCAAACCGUCUAAAGCACCGAACACAAGAGGAGGCCAUGGAAUUUCUUUCAAAUUUUGAAACGCUUCUCAACAACAACUGCUCUCCCUUUCUCAGAUAUUUCCUGUGUUCUCUUGUGGCACCUUCCUCUAAUGGGUUCGAAAGGCCUACUCCACCAUGUAAAGAGCUCUGCAUCAAGGCAAUAAAGCCAUGUAGACAUCUUUUGAAGAAGUUUGGACUUAAGUUGCCACCUGCCAUGCGAUGCUCCCGUUUACAACGACAAGGCGCAUCAAAGUGCUACAAUGGACCAGAAGCUUCCAAAUGCCUUCGAACGACGGUGGAUCUUUACAAAAAACAUCCAUGUGCUGCAUACGUUCCUCCUUCAUCUCUUCAGUUUCCGAACUACUUUGGUCAUAUGGACGAAAAAACAGCUAGUGAUAGCUUUAAAAAGUUUACACGAAUCCUCGACAUAUCCCUACAUGAUUGCGCGAUCCUCUUAUCUCGAUUCCUGUGCAGCCUAUACGGUCCUACUUGCAGGAAAACGAUUUUUCCCAUUCCCCCUUGUAGAGAACUUUGCCAACAAACCCGGAGACGAUGUCAACGGGUCUUUGAUGACCUUCGGUUUGGAUGGCCCCUAAAUCUUAACUGCCAACAAUUUCCAAGAAAAGGAGAAGCACCUUGCUAUGACGGACCUUCAACUGGAGUGAUGGCAAAGCCGCAACCAGGCAAAUGUCAACCUUUGUCUAUUCCUUUCUGUAAGAACGUACCCUAUAACAUGACGACAUUUCCGAACUUCCUCAUGCACACAACGCAGGAAGAUGCUUCUCUCGAAGUUUAUCAACUUUGGCCACUUGUUGACAGGCAAUGUUCACGUGAUGUGGAGUUCUUCUUUUGCUCUUUGUACGCCCCGAUCUGCACCAUUCUAGACACACCUCCUUUACCGUGCAGGGAGCUCUGCCUUCGAGUUAAGCGUGGGUGUGCUGUGGUACUGAAGGUCUAUCGAGGAGGAUGGCUUUCCACGCUGGCAUGCGAAAAGUUUCCGCUUGGGGAUAGUGGAGAGGUGUGCGUUGACAGACCCCAGGAAACCAGCCGACUUGCAAUUUCACAAUCAGAGCAAAGGAAAGGGAAGUGUGAGGCGUUAACUGCACCGAUGUGUAAAGAUCUCAACUAUACCAUGACAAUGGUUCCUAACUUGUUCAAUCAUACUACCCAAGAACAGGCCACUUCUGAAAUUCAUCCUUCGUUUUAUUUUGGUUUGCGUUGUCACGAGAUGGCUCUUUUCGUAUGCACUCUUUAUUUUCCUCCUUGUGGAGUGCCAUACCAGCCUUGCAGAGAGCUUUGUGAGCGAGUGAAACGUCGAAGUCUGACUACCUUUGAAUGGUAUGGCUACCCUUGGCCAGAGGAUAUCGAUUGUGACGAACUUCCCUCGGCAAGGAAUGACACCGACUGCAUUGGAGCUUCAACAGCCAUUCCACCAACAUCUCAACGCAAAUAUUGUUAAAACCCAAUUGUAGUCUUUUGUUUGGCUGGUUUGUCUUUGACGAUCCACUUUCAUCUUCUCUUUCCUUGACCAACCUAUUUCUUUGUCAAUUAACUGUUGCAAGCGUCGAGUUUUUUUUUUGUCGCGAAAAUGAUCCAAUAAUCCUUUAUGGAGGUUCGCAUUUUGACGCCUUGACGGACCAUUCUUUUCACUCCUUUCGUUGCAUGAACUUUUUCAACACAACUUAGAAUGACAUUUACACGCUUACUUUAUUAUUAAAGCAGCCGAUGAUAAUUUGA